CUUUCGUCAUUGCGUUUUCCAAUUCUCCUGAUCCGGCCUUGCGCGCUCGCAUUUCCCUCCCCAUGAUACCCGACCCGUCCACCUCGAGCGCAAGCAUACCGGCACCCUGUAGCUCUUGAGCCUCAACCCAAACGGCCGAGGCGACUCGCCUCUCGCCCACACGACCAUGUCGUCCUUCUUCGGACGAUUGAAAGGCAGCGCAAAUCCCGCCUCUCCGUCGCUGGCGGCGCAGGAGAAGGCGAAGAAGGACCUGAACGUGCCCCCGCCGACGCCGCUGGAGAAACUCUUGGUGGAUGCAGGCCCGCUGCGAACGGAUGGGAGCGAUAAAUUCUUUGGGUUUGAGAAUUUUGGAAGCACAUGUUAUUGUAACUCAAUAGUGCAGUGUCUAUACUACUCUCACGCGUUCCGAGAACAUGUCAUAAAUUUCCCUAAACGCAUCCCCGCCGACUCCCUCAACCGCGCUUCUUCCGGCCUCCCUCAAAUCGACAGCGAUACCGGCGCAAGCAAUGGCGGACCUCCCCCUCCAUUAAAAGGCAAUCCGCCUGUCACCAACACUGUCGGGCCGCCGCGAGCGAAGCCAGCGACCACAACGGCAACCGGGCCAGGGGGGCAGCCGAAGGAGGAGAACAAGGACUCAUCGGAAUACAAGAAAAAGCUCUUGAUGGACAAGGGUCCGAUUGUCGCGAUGGACUACGAAAACUCGAAGGCCUACGGGAUGAAUGAGUCGUUGUUUUCUUGCCUGAAAGAUAUCUUCGAGGCGAUCAUUGCCCAUCCGUCGAGGAUGGGCGUCGUUAGUCCGCAGAAGUUCUUGGAGGUGUUACGGAGGGAGAACGAGAUGUUUCGGACACCGAUGCACCAGGAUGCGCAUGAGUUUUUGAACCUGUUGUUGAACGAGGUGGUGGAGAACGUGGAGCAAUUUUCAAAGCAGAUGGCGGCGACGGUACAGAAGGCCCUGGCGAAUGAUAUGACGGCACCGGAAUUGAAAACGCCGACGGUCGUCAACUCGAAUCAAAACUCGAUCAACGGGACCGGCUGGGUCCACGAUCUAUUCGAAGGGCUCCUCACAUCCGAAACGCGCUGCCUCACCUGCGAAAACCUCUCCCAGCGCGACGAAGCGUUCCUCGAUCUUUCCGUCGACCUCGAACAGCAUUCCUCCGUCACCUCCUGUCUUCGCAAAUUCUCCGAAGAGGAAAUGCUCUGUGAGCGGAAUAAAUUCCAUUGCGACAACUGCGGGGGGCUCCAGGAGGCAGAGAAGCGAAUGAAAGUCAAGCGACUUCCGAGGAUUCUCGCGCUCCAUCUGAAGCGGUUUAAGUACACGGAAGAUCUGCAACGGCUGCAGAAACUGUUUCAUCGAGUCGUAUACCCGUACCACCUUCGCCUAUUUAAUACGACGGACGACGCCGAAGAUCCGGAUCGGUUAUAUGAGCUGUACGCUGUGGUGGUGCAUCUUGGUGGCGGACCGUAUCACGGGCACUACGUCUCGAUCAUCAAGACUCAAGACAGGGGUUGGCUACUGUUCGACGACGAGCUCGUUGAGCCUGUAGACCAAUCGUACGUGACGAACUUCUUUGGAGGUGAAGGACAACUCGCCUGCGCAUACGUGCUGUUCUAUCAAGAGACGACCCUCGAAGCCGUGCAACGGGAACAGGAAGCGCAAGGCACGCCGCCUGCCGCCACUGCAGCGGAAUCGUCCGCUCCGCCGAAAAACAUGCCUAAUGGCUCGACACACCCCCACGGAGUACCGCUAUCGCAUACACCUGCCACACCACUUCCCGAAGACAUCGAAAGUCCCCUCAACCCACUCGCUCACGCCGCUACUGUCCCCUCCACCGCCCACAUCCCCGGCGCCCCUCUCUCACCCACCCCCACCUCCCCCGCCACCACGACCACUCCUCGCGACUCCAGCAGCCACACCCCCCACAGCAACCAUCUUCUCUCCCCUCUCCGCUCCAAAAAAUCCCUCCACACCCUUUCCACCAAACCCAAACCUAGCAAAGACGACAUCCGCCGCUCCAAAGACUUCGAGCGUGUGCGCAAAGAAGACGCGAAGCGUGAGAAGUCGGAAGAGAAGGCGCGCGAGAAGGACCGGCGAGACGCGGAGCGCGAGGCGUAUCUGGCGGAGAAGCAGCGGCGGAAGGACGUGGCAAACGACGUGGUAGAGCGGCGACGGAUCCAGGAGGAGGAGUUUCAGAAAGCGUUGAAGAUCAGCAAGAUGAGUAAGAAGGAGGAUGAUGAUAGACGGAAGUUGGCGACGGUGGAGGAGCGGGGGGAGGUGGUGGCGAAGGCGAUGAAUGGAGAUAUUUCGCGUGCGGUUGGGGAUGGGCAGAUGGUCGCAGGGGCAGGGGUAACGGCACAGGAUGGGAAGGGUGGGGUGAAGAGUGGGGGACUACAUCGGUUUCGGCAGACGAGCAUGAGCAUGAGUCUGAGGCAUAAACCGAAGUUCUGGGGCGGGAAGGAGAAGGAGAAGGAGAAGGAGAAAAACCAGCACGAUGCGCCCUCCUCCUCGACCGGCCCUUCGUCGACAACAUCCACCUCGCACACUCAGCCUCCCAUGCCCCCGCUCUCCCCCGUGCACACUGAUCCAGGGAGAUUAUCUCACCAGGAACCGUCGCUGGAUCAUGUGCGCUCGCAGCCGCCGACGAAAGACCUACCUCCCCUCCCGCCUCCACCGCCACUGAAGUCUCCAGUGGCGCCGCUGCGGCAUGCAAGGAGCCAGAGCUAUACGUUGGACGCGCUAGCGAGGCGGGCGACGGAUUUAGGCAAUGGGGGGCUGAAAAAGCCGGAGAAGGAGAAGGAGAAGGAGAAGGAGAAGAAGAGUCGGUUUGGGUUGGGGAAGAAGAAGAGUAUGGCGUUUUAGCGGGUGGUGAGGGAAGAGAGAGGGUUGGAGUAUCGAGGGGGUGGUUUGGUGUUUGCAUAGAGGAUCUGGGCGUAGAAG